AAGAAUACGGAAGUCUUGUUUAUGACACCGACAAUCCACUUCCAACUGUGCGCAGCAUCUCAAAAACUAUACAACCUUUGAAUAAAGUCAAUCAAGUUCAUAACUUAGACUGUAUACACCCGUUGAAAACUGAAUAACUUUAAAUUCAGAGAUGGACCUGUCUCACGAAACGACUUUAGUAUACCUUUGGGGACGCUCCCAGCAUGCAGUUCACCUCCAAUGAAUCGUUUGUUUUCACUUUCACUUUGGGGGAGAAGCCGCCGCUGACAGGAGUGGUGUAAACCCAACGUUCCUUCGCCACCAUGCUAGCUGUUCCUCUCCUCGUACUCCUCCUGCUGGAGGCCAGCGUUCCCUCCCUCGCGGCACAGCUACCGGGCAGCGACGCUGCCGGGACGCCUCCCCGCGCCGACCAAGCCUUCCCCUGGGAACGCAUGAGGCUCCCCCAGACAGUGGUUCCCCUUCACUACAACCUCACCGUCCACCCCGACAUGAACACACUCCGCUUCACCGGCGUGGUCCACAUCGAACUGGAGGUCCUAGAAAACACCACGACCAUCGUCCUUCACAGCAGCGAGCUGCUCAUCUCCAAGGUGACGCUCCUGGUGCCUGGGGGACCUCCGACCCCCCUGCGCUUCCUAGAGCACCCUGCUUCUGAACAGUUAGCUCUUCUUUCCGACCGGGUCCUCUACCAAGGCGGGACGUAUGACGUUCUGCUGGAGUUUUCCGCCAACUUGUCAGAUAACUAUCACGGCUUCUAUAAGAGCAGUUACCGGGCGAGCAGUGGGGAGAUCAGGUACGUGGCCUCCACCCAGUUUGAGGCCACCAGCGCCCGGGCAGCCUUCCCAUGCUUUGACGAGCCAGCGUUCAAAGCUAACUUCACAAUUCAGAUCGUACGGGAGCCACGCCAUAUCGCCAUAUCCAACAUGCCCAAGAUAAACACAGUAGAGUUGGCCGGGGGCUUGCUGAAGGACUACUUUGACACCAGUGUGAGGAUGAGCACAUACCUGGUCGCCUUCAUCGUGUCCGACUUCCUGUCUGUCAGCAAGACCACCCAACACGGGGUCAAGAUUUCCGUUUACGCGUCACCAGAGAAGAUUGACCAGACCUCCUUCGCAUUGGAUGCUGCGGUCAAGCUGUUGGACUUCUACGAUGACUUCUUUGACAUCCCCUACCCGCUGCCGAAGCAGGACCUGGUGGCCAUCCCAGACUUCCAGUCGGGGGCGAUGGAGAACUGGGGUCUGACCACCUACAGGGAGGCACGCCUGCUCUUCCAACCCAAGUCCUCAGCCUCCGACAAGCUGGGCAUCACCAUGGUGAUCGCUCACGAGCUGGCCCACCAGUGGUUUGGGAACCUGGUCACCAUGGAGUGGUGGAACGACCUGUGGCUCAACGAGGGCUUCGCCAAGUUCAUGGAGUUUGUCUCGGUGGACAUCACCUACCCCGAGCUUCAAGUGGAUGACUUCUUUCUGGGCAAAUGCUUCAACGCCAUGGAGGUCGACUCUCUCACCUCCUCCCAUCCCGUCUCCACCCCGGUGGAAACCCCCUCCCAGAUCCGGGAGAUGUUUGAUGACGUCUCGUACAGCAAGGGGGCCUGCAUCCUGAACAUGCUGCGGGACUUCCUGACCCCAGAGGCCUUCAAUGAGGGCAUCAUCCGCUACCUCCGUCGCUACAGCUACCAGAACACCGUCAACAGCCACCUCUGGCAGAGCCUCUCCAACGUGUGUAAGUCCGACCAGUUUGAGGUGGGCGGAGUCCAGCAGAAGGCCUUCUGCUCCGAGGGGAAGCUGCGACCCGAGGGCUUUAAAUGGUACACAGACGACGAGUUGGACGUGGGCACCAUCAUGGACACCUGGACGCUGCAGGAGGGCUUCCCAUUGGUCACGGUGGAGGUGAAAGGCCGCGAGGUCAGGCUCCAUCAGGAACGCUACCUCAAAACGGACGGUCCCGCCCUCAGCGACGGGUUCCUGUGGAAGAUCCCGUUGACCUACAAAACCAGCCACUCAAACACCAUCCAACGCUUUCUGCUGGAGAACAAAACUGACGUCCUGUACCUGGAGGAGGAGGUGGACUGGGUCAAGUUCAACGUGGACAUGAGCGGCUACUACAUGGUGCACUACCAGGGGCAGGGCUGGAGCGGCCUGACCCGCCUGCUGCAGACCAACCACACGGCCCUGAGCAGCAGCGACCGUGCCAGCCUCAUCAACAAUGUCUUCCAGCUGGUCAGUGUGGGCAAGGUGCCGCUGGACACGGCCCUGGAGCUGUCCCUGUACCUGUCCCGGGAGAUGGAGACCCUGGCGGUCACCCAGGGCCUCAGCGAGCUGGUGCCCAUCUACAAGCUGAUGGAGAAGAGGGACAUGAAGACGCUGGAGAACCAGAUGAAGGGCUACAUCGUGGAGCUGUUACAGACCCUCAUCGACCAGCAGACGUGGAGCGACUCCGGGUCGGUCUCUGAGAGGGUGCUGAGGAGCUACCUGCUGCUGUUCGCCUGCGUGCGCAACCAUGCGCCCUGCGUGGAAAAGGCCAGUAGGCUCUUCCACAGCUGGAAGGCCCUGGACGGCAACAUGAGUCUCCCCAGUGACAUCAGCCUCUGCGUGUUUGCUAUUGGAGCCCGCACUCCAGAGGGGUGGGACUUCCUGUAUGAGAUGUACGGCCGUUCCCCGGACACGUCAGUCAAGAGCCGCAUAAAGACGGCGCUCUCCAUCAGCCCCCUGACGGACAAACUCCACAUACUGCUGGAGGAGAGUUUUCGUGGGGAGGUUCUGAAGACCCAGGAUCUUCCCCAUGUGGUGAUCGCUGUUAGCAAGAACCCCCAUGGCUACAAGCUAGCAUGGGACUUCCUCCGGGCAAACUGGCCGGCCCUGAUCAAGAAGUUUGGGGAGGGCUCAAGCUCCAUAGCCCGCAUGGUGACUGGAGUAACAGACCAGUACUCCACCCCACACAUGCUGAAAGAGGUUCAGGAGUUCUUUGGCUCCCUGACCAAGGAGAUGGGCUCAGAGCUGAGGUGCAUCCAGCAGACGUACGAGACCAUUGAGUUGAAUAUCCGAUGGGUGGACAAACACCUGCCCCUGCUGCAGGCCUGGCUGGACAAACACACGAGCAGAGGGAAAACGCAACAUACUCGACACGAGGACCUUUAGGUCCAUCCGUUAACGCUGGCAAUGGAAGUGGGUUGCCCACUGUGAAGACUACUGUCUAAAUAGACUUUCCCAAAACAUCCAACACUUGUUGUCUGGCUUAAUGAACCAUUUACGUAGGAGUCCCACGUGGGGCCGUCGGAGUUCCACCUUUUUCUUGUAAAUAGACAUUUUUUUGAGGUCAUUGCCCUAUUGACUCAUUUCUAUUUUAUUCUUUUUUCUGAAUUGGAAAAAAAAUGGUCAUUGCCCUAUUGACUCUAUUCCCUGCAAAUUUGUUUGGUUUGUUCCGUUUUUCUAUUUGAAUUAAAUGGCCACAUGGGUAUGAUCAUAGUUGUUCUUUUACCAGACAUGGUGCAUAUUGUGACCAUGUCAUAACCCCUCUCUCUUUCCGCUGGUACUCCAGUAUCAGGUCCGAAGAAACUGGACCUGAUACUCAAACAGGGUUGUCCUGUUAGGUUGAUUCUCGUCAGCCGUUGUCACACCAAAAGCGAAGCAGAUUUUUGCCUCCUGUAUCUCGCUUGAGCUUGACCAUGCAAAUCACAAAGUUAACUUGAUUGAGUAAAAACCAACACAACCAUCGAAUUUUUACCCAUUUCUAGAGGGGGUGGGGCUUACAAAUGUACUUAUUGUAAGUCGCUUUGGAUAAACGCUUUGGAUAUCUUUGUCCUCAUGAAUGCCAACGCUUAUUUCUGCCACUUCAUUCUUAAAAUGUACAUUUACAUUUAAGGCAUUUAUCCAAAGCGACUUACAAUAAGUACAUUUGUCAUAAGAAGUGCAACAAUAUAUCGCUGUCGGUACAGUAGGGAUGUUCAUAGAACCAAGUGCAAGUACAACAAUCGCUAGGCUAACCAAUUCCCUGUUUUACAGCAAUGAUAGCAGCUACUGCAGUUGCUACACAGUUAGGUACUAUCAUACAAUACAACACAAUACAAUACAAUGUACAAUGGUGGCCAGAAGGGGGAGGGUGGCUAUGCAGAGUCGAGGUGGACUCUUACCAACCAUAGAGAUAACCACUGCUGCGACUCUUUGCUUGUUAUGGAAGUACCAGAGAAGACAACCCAGAGAACAUGUCUGGGUUCAUAACUUCCUGCACUCAGAACGGUGAAUUUCACCAUCUUCUCCAGGAGCACAGUCUGGAUGACUUCCAGCGCUCCUUGUGGCUGACAAGGGUCCAGCUUCAUGACCUGCUAGCUGGGAGCGGUGAAGGGGUUUCUCAGGGGGACACCAACUACAGGCGUUCCAUCCCAGCUGUGGAGCGCCUGUCCUUCUGUCUCCGAUGAGUGGUAGUUUCUUAAUUGGUGAGUCAAUCAAAAUCGACACAUAUUUACUUGCAUGUCACAAGUCAGCUGAAUUAAUAUCACCUACUGCAGCGGUAUGAACCCAAAAUAAACGUAGAUUAGCCUGAUUUGGAGUAACGUUAAUGUUAUCUUUAGAUGAUUAAAAUGUUGUGUAGGAGCUUUAUCCCCACAUCAACAGUAGUAUACCUACAAGGUUGCUAAACACAUUCAGUACGUUUACAUGCGCCACUCAUCCAAUUACAGCCAUAGUUCGACUAUGCUCCUCAAUUCAAUAUCAUCCGACUGCAGACACAAAUGGGCGGUACCGUGUCGUGGGCGUUCUCGUUCACGCAGACUAAAACGCCCCCCCGGCGUUCUCGUGUGAUGGGCGUUUUCGUCUACGCAGGCUGGAACGCCCCGUUCUUCGUCGUCGAUCUAGUAGCAUUGGCAGCUUAGAACUGACGUUAGCGCCCCCUUCUUUUUCGAUCUCGUAAUACGGGUACGUUAGCCAGCUGAGCCUACAGAAUGUUGGCUUACAUUUAUGUGUCGGAUCUCGGCCCAAACUUUGCAUCAAACUUGAUGCAACACGAUCAUUACAGGGAGGCUCCAUGAUCUCAUGUUCAUUAUCUUCUGAGUUAGUAUAGGUAGGGUAUUAGGUAUAAUAAGUGAUAUGUUUGAUAUAGUUGUUUAAGAAUAUGCCCAAAUUAAAUAAUUAAUAGAUUAAAAUAACACUUGGGACAUUAUGCAGUUCAAAUCCAGUUACCAGACACUAUGAAGGCUCAAACAGUAGGCCAUUUGACUCCAAGUGUUCACUUACUUUUCCCAUUGAAUGUUUUCAAUAAAGACAAAAUACAGUAAUUGCUCUGUAACAAUUAACCUUACAACAUACAUCGUAGGCACAAAUGUAUGUUAUAUACAUCGUAUAGCAUUUGUCACAAAAACAAAAAAGAAAGGAGUAAUAAAAUACCAGCAUUUCUGGGCAGAUACAUUUACUACAGUAGUAUGUACAUUUACAAAUGAAAGGGAUUGCAAAAAUGACGUCCCAAAUAAAACGAAAAAGGAGUAAUAAAAGAACAUUAUGCUAGGCAGACAUCUUUUAUGACAAACCUGCCAUAUGCAACGUGCCUCAGUACCAGGGGUGCGCUUGGCCAAUUCUUCUUUUUUGAGAAGCCUUUGAGGCGUAGCGCAAGGCCACUGACACAGCCUGCAUUGUUGUAAAUCUUUCUAACCGUUAUGUAGAUGAGAUUGUCUUUAUUAAGCUUAAUGUCCCCUGCCAAACUG